AAAUGUGACCAAGGCUACAUAUAGCAGCUUUCCUGACCACUGAUCUUCAUUCUAUCCAAGUCUUUCAACCCAGUUACUUUCUUUCCAGCACACACCCCAACCCAUAACUUCACAACCAUGAGCAAGAACUACUCCUCAUCCGCUGAGACGGCCUCUUCCUACCGUCGAACCUUCGGCUCAGGUCUGGGCUCGACCAUGUCCAGCUCCCUGUUUGGCCGUGGCUCUUCCGGCGCUUCCCGUGUUUCUUCCAGAGUCUAUGAGGUGACCAAGACCUCCUCUUCCGCCCCCCUUUACUCACGCCACCGCUCUGGAGCAUCCUCCUUCGGCUAUGGUGGUGGAGCCGUGACACGCUCCUACGCGGGUUUGGGCGAGAAGCUAGACUUCAACCUGGCCGAUGCCAUGAACCAGGAUUUCCUGCAUACACGCACCAAUGAGAAGGCCGAGCUACAGCACCUGAAUGACCGCUUCGCCAGUUACAUUGAGAAGGUGCGCUUCCUCGAGCAGCAGAACCAGGCCCUGUCUGUAGAGAUUGAGCGCUUGAGGGGCCGCGAGCCCACACGCAUUGCUGAGAUGUACGAGGAGGAGAUGAGGGAGCUGCGCAGGCAGGUGGACGCGGUGACCAAUCAGAGAGCUCGCGUAGAGGUGGAACGUGACAACCUGGCUGACGACCUAGAGAAACUCAAGCUCAGACUUCAAGAAGAGAUCCACCAGAAAGAAGAAGCUGAAAAUAACCUCUCUGCUUUCAGAGCUGAUGUUGAUGCUGCCACUCUCGCCAGGCUGGACUUGGAGAGACGCAUUGAGAGCCUUCAUGAGGAGAUUGCCUUCCUCAAGAAGAUCCAUGAGGAGGAGAUCCGUGAGCUGCAGAGCCAGAUGCAGGAUACUCAGGUCCAGGUCCAAAUGGACAUGUCCAAGCCCGACCUGACCGCUGCUCUGAGGGACAUUCGCGGCCAGUAUGAGGCCAUCGCAGCCAAGAACAUUUCAGAAGCUGAGGAGUGGUACAAGUCCAAGGUAACAGAUCUGAACCAAGCUGUGAGCAAGAACCACGAUGCAUUAAGACAGGCCAAGCAGGAAACUAUGGAAUUCCGCCACCAAAUCCAGUCCUACACCUGUGAGAUCGAUUCCCUCAAGGGCACUAAUGAGUCUCUGAUAAGACAGAUGAGAGAGAUGGAAGAACGGCUGGCCCAGGAGACUGGUGGUUACCAGGACACCAUUACUCGUCUGGAGGCUGAGAUUGCCAAAAUGAAAGAUGAUAUGGCUCGUCACCUUCGUGAAUACCAGGACCUCCUUAAUGUCAAGAUGGCCCUGGAUGUGGAGAUUGCCACCUACAGGAAGCUGCUGGAGGGAGAGGAGAGCAGGAUCUCUCUGCCUCCGCAGUCAUAUUCCUCCUUGAACUUCAGAGGUGAUGCCAGAGAGACCAGCCAGGAGCAUAUCUCACAGCCACGUUCCUCUGAGAUCCACUCCAAGAAAACAGUUCUGAUCAAGACCAUAGAGACCCGGGACGGAGAGGUUGUCAGUGAAUCCACACAACACCAGCAGGACAUCGUGUAAAACAGAGAAGAAAGGCAAGAGACAAAGAAAACAGCAGCAGAAUUUGAUCCAACCAAGACAUUUCCAAGCCGCAUAGGCCCUCUGUUUUUUUUGUUUGUUUGUUUUUUUUAAUAUCCUCAGUGAUGCUAUGACCCAUGAUUCCAGGCAGCUAUGGAGGAAUAAAGGAGACAAAGCUGAAAGUGUGCAAAGGCCAAAAGAUUAUGAAUGAAGAUGAAACCGUGGUAGUCAUUUGUUAAAAAGAAGGUCAAUAUUCAACUGCUAAAUCUCUGAAUUUUGUAUGCAAGUGUAUGUGUGUGCUUGUGAGUAAGUGGGUCACAUGUGCAUCAUGAUUUACUGCAUACCACCAUACGAGGCUUGCUAACUGAUUUUGUGGAUUCGUUAAAAUGAAACUUGAAACAUGAUCAUACUGCAUGAUAUGAUCAAAUAAAUGGCAAUUUCUCGGCAA